CGCGCUAAAUUUUGGUAAAAAUGGAAAGUCACAAGGAUCAAUCAGACAUCGCGGAAGAACCUAUAGGUGUGCAUGAACGAGAAACAACUCCGGCCGUCCUGCCAAAGAAGUUAUUUCCUGAACAAGUGGAGUUGAACGUUGGCGGGAAAUUAUACAACACAACAGUUACAACUCUGACAAGACUUCCCAACAAUUUGAUCGAGAAGAUGUUCACAGGACAGACUCCUAUCGAAAAAGACGCGAGUGGGAGAUAUUUCAUCGACAGAGACGGUGAAAUCUUUGCACAUGUUUUGGAUUUUCUUCGUACAAAGAGCCUUACACUUCAAGAUGAUUUCAAUGAUAUGGAAGCAUUGAUGCAAGAAGCUGAGUAUUAUCAGAUAAACGACCUAAGACGUUUGAUUCAGAGUCACGCUGCCACUACAAGAAGACUUAAAAUAUGGAAAGCAACAAGCGGACAUAUCUCGCUUCACGUGAAAGCAAGUUUUUCUACAAAGAUCGGACGCAAUGCCCAACAAGGAGAUCAUCCGUUUAGAAAAAUACAAAGGAUCUUUGUUUGUGGGAAGGUGUCUCUUUGUCAAGAAGUGUUUGAGGCAGACCUCAACGAAACCCGCGAGUCUCUUCAGAGCACGUCAAGAUACACAAGUCGAUUUUUUCUUCGGCAUAAUCAGCUGGAGAAAGCAUUUGAUCAGUUGAGAGAUCAUGGAUUUCGUUUGAUCAAUGGCGACGGAGAUGGAGUUCCUUCCCUUUGUUCGAAGAAAAAUACUCGUUGGGACGAAGACUGGAGUCAUUUUACUAUUUUGGUUUUCUUUCGAUGAGAGAUUCCAGCUCAGAAUAAUAUGCUCAAUGAAUCUCUGUACAUUUAGGAUUGAAAUUAUAGCGUUUCGAUAGUUUUAGAACUGACUAAAACCAUUCUGUACUUCGCUUGAUAACCAGUCUCUGAUAGUUCUAUGAUUUAGAUAGUUUUAUGAUAGUUUCCGGUAGAGAAACCAGUCAAGCAUAAUUUUAAACAAUCGUUUUAAUAUGAGCAAGAAGUUGGUGAUUUUAAGAAGAUAAAUCGCAUUAGGAUCUGUAUAUAUACUUAGUGCAUUUGUAGCAAACAGCAUGCAAGAUAGCCUCGAUCAGUGUCGAUUAUUAAAUUUCCAAUGUUUUAAACUAAUGUCAGAAAAGCGAUUAUUCUGCCUGGGUAAAUAAGAAUUUUGUUGUCUUCAAACGAAUCUAACUUGUUCAUAUUUACAUUUAACAAUCGUAUAUGAUAUGAUAUGCGACAUGUGUUAUUGAUGAAAGGCGUUAGCAUAAAAACUCUAAUUUCACUAUGUUUUUUUAUUCGAUUUAUAACGUUGUAUAUCUCUGUAGGACGAUAGGACGGGUAAUUCAUUAUCUAUGUUUAUGAAAGACAACGAUAUAACUCUAGUUUUUGCAGUAGAAAUAACUUGAGAUUCAUAACACAUCGAGUAGCGACUAAAUAUUAAUUUAUUUUAUAAUUUUUGUCAUGAAUAAAUAAUGAUUUGGUGUUAAUUUGAUAAAUGCACAAUAUAGUUUCAUAUUCUUCAGAAAACUAUAUAUUUAAAGGCAAUAUUGUAACCAGGGAAUCUUUAAAAGUAGUACAUUUAAGUUGAAGUACUAUAUGCACGACUUUGCACGACUAACAAACAAAACUAGCGAUAAAAUUGGCGGGAAUAGUUCGACCAAUAGAUAUUCAGCAAACUGGGCUGUGUAGGUUUACAAGUAACUGGAUUGAUCUUGAUGUUGAACUAUCAACUGUUCCGUCCAUCAGCAUAAAACAUAUGGCGCGGUAUGUUGGACAAAUCGAUGUUUUGCGCUUGAAACGAUCAGGCAUCCAUUUAAUAUAAUGACGCUGCACGUUUAAUAUGAUUAUAUAGCACCUUUAAAUUGAAAUACAUUCAUCGCAAAAGCGAUGCGACUUUGAUUUUACGCCAGGCGAAUUUUUCCCGCGAAUUCUCUUUUGAUUGACAACGUGAUUGGUUGGUGAAAAACAGUCUCGGCGCUCGCCUAUAGCUAUGGCUUCCCCAAAUCCAAAAGAUAUGCUGAAAGAUUGUGCGAACAAUAUCUUAAAAUGUAUCGAAGGUAAGCGCAAUUUGGUAUUUUUUUUAUUUUUCUUUAUUGAUCAUCAACAGAUAUAUUGGUAUUGGCUGAAUUAUAACAUCGAAUCAUAUUUACUACGGCAUAGGAAAUUGCCAAAUUCGUUUUGAUGCUUUUCUUCAAGUAUCUUUUAUAAUUUAGGUUUAUAAAAUGGCAAUGUUAACAACGAACCAAGAAACACAGAAAAUCAUACAAAUACUAGUGCAAAAACUAGAGCAAACACCAUAAAUUUGGGAAAUGGGACUUGUGAAAGUGAGGGUGAAACACAUAACAGUAUCAAUUGAUAAACCUGUGGCCCUCAAAAGGUUCCUCUUCUGUCCUUCCGUCAGCAUAUGGACAUUUGUCCAGGAGGGUCCAGCAGACUGAACAAAGACUACGGAAGUAGUUUGAUGAGUGUUG